UUACUGCGACUACCUCGAUUGCGGAACGCACCCACAGUUCGAUCUCUAUUCUUCAUGGUGCUGGCAAUCUCCCCUAUAAUCUCUGGUUUAAAAAAGGGGAAAUAAAUGUAAAUAAACACGUGCAUAUAUAUCCAGUUGAUAAUUCCUGAAUGUCAAGCUCUUGUAAAGCAACGAUUGUAUUGAAAUACGGGAAUAAUAAGCAAUAAAGUAUCGUUCAUUUACUACAAUUACUAUGGCGGAAGUGGUAGUUGCAGCUGACGACUGGAUAAUGUCUGGUGAUUAUGAGAGAAAUUUGGCAGCCAAACAGCAUAUUAUUGAUAAAGCACCCUUCUGCAUGUUGAAAAUCGAUGAUUCCAGUGUCCUCGAUACAGUCGAAGGACGAGAGAUAUGUGAGCGAUGCUACAAGUCACGGAAAUUUUUCUGCUAUACCUGUUGCUUACCAGUCAUUGAUGACAAGUAUUUUCCACAGGUUAAGCUGCCGAUCAAGGUGGAUAUUAUCAAACAUGCCAAGGAAAUUGAUGGGAAAAGUACCGCAAUUCAUGCAAUGUUACUGGCUCCGCAGGAUGUGAACAUUUACACGUAUCCUAAUUUUCCGGAGUUUUCAAGGGAUGAUAAGGUUGUGCUAGUAUUCCCCAAUAAAGACGCGACAACAGUCGAAAACCUCUUCUUCCAGUCCCAAAAUACCAGUGUGCUUUCCAACUUUUCGAGCCUGCCAAUAACACGUGCAGUAUUCAUUGACAGUACAUGGCAUCAAACCAAUGCAAUUUUCAAAGACGAGAGAUUAUGCAAUUUACCAUGUGUAAUACUAAAAUCUCGAAUUUCCCAGUUCUGGCGCCAUCAGAAGAAGAGUCCUCGCUGGUAUCUAGCAACUGUAGAAGCAAUUCAUCAAUUCCUUGUUGAAUUACAUGAGUGUGCUUAUGGAAGAAUAGAAAAUUACGUUUUGAAGGAGAUAAAUCAUUCAACGAAAGAAUAUUGUGGACAGUACGAUAACUUAUUAUACUUCUUUAAAUACAUGUACGAAAAAAUUCACACAAUUUAUGACCAUAAUCAGUUAUGGGCUUACAAGAGACCUUUGAUUUGAUUAGAAUAAAAUUAAAAGACUAGAUUUAUAAAUCACCAAA